CCGUCCCGCCGGCCCGCGGCAAGAUGGCGGCGGUGGGAGCCGUGGCAGCGAGGCCUGCGGUGCUGAGGCGGGCGGCGGCCCACAGCCGCGGCAUCCUCACCCGCCCUGGGCCGCCCCGUCCUCGCGGCCCGCUGCCCCGCACGCCCUGGACCACCCGCGGGCCGCCGCCGGACCAGCUGGCCCAGGUGGUGGAGCGGCGGCCGGUGCGCGAGCAGGUGGAGCUGGACAGCAUCACGUACGCGGGCCGGCAGUACUUCGUGCCCGGCCUGGCCCGGCCGCGCUUCCCGCCCUGGGACCGCGGCUGGAGGGACCCGUGGCACAGCCCAGGGCCGCGCUACGAGGACAUGCCGCUGCGCAAGGAGCGCGGCUGCUUCAUCUGCCACCAGCGGGUCCGCAUGCUGGAAGGGGUUCGGCAGGCGCAGUGGCUCACCAAGACAAAGCUGGUGCAAGGCUUGCCUGCAGCGGUGCUCAGCAUCGCCGAGAACCCAGCAUACCAGCUCCAGGAGCAGGAAGAGGCCGUGCACCGUGCAAUUGCACAUGCACGGCUCUGGGAGACCACAGAAGUUGCUCCCAGAAGAGAAAAAUAUUGCCCUGUAUUGUUUGAAGACUUGAUACACUUAUGCCGGUCAAUGUCAAUGAAGUAUCCUUCCCUGGCUAGAAGAAUGCUGGCUCGAAACUACCGGAUUGCAGCUACGUGGGAAAGAGAAUCCACUCUCCUUCAGAUCCGUGGCCUGAAUGGAAUACUUAUGAACUCUAUGACCCCAAUACCGCCGAUAGCCUCCAAGGAAGAGAUACUGGCCACAAAAGACCAUGUUCUGGAGACCUUCUAUCCCAUCUCUCCUACAAUUGACCUUCAGGAGGUGAAUGUAUACCAAGAGCUCAAUGACACAGGUUUCAAAGAUGGUUAUCCGUACUCUCAUCCUCACACUCUGUAUUUCCUGGAAUCGGCCAACAAUCGUCCUAACAGGUUCAGACCAGAACAGCUCCGUGCUAAAAUGCUGAUGUUUGCUUUUGGCAACGCACUGGCAAAGGCGAAGGUGCUGUAUGGGAAUGAUCCCCAGGUUUUGGAGCAGCCAAUAGUGGUGCAGAGCGUUGGCACAGAUGGCCAGCUCUUCCAGUUCUUGGUGUUCCAAUUAAAUACAACAGACCUCGUGUCUAACGAUGGCAUAAAGAAUCUAGUCUGGAUUGACUCCGAUCAGAAUCUAUAUGAAAGUGCCCAGUGUGUUCCAGAAGUCAAGAAGAGAGUCGUUAUAAAGCCCACUGGAAUAUAUGGCUUACAGCCAGAAACAUUCAAGAAGUUUCUGGCGCUGUAUCUGCAUGGAACUGUGUGAAAUUCAGCUCAAAUGAAAAUCCUUCACCAACUGUACCUGCUGCUUCUCUUUGCCAGAACCAUCGCGUAGUGAAAGAAAGGUGGACUGAUGUACUUUCAGAAAUAAAUUAUAUUGCUGCAGAAAGUAAAAUUUUUUUUAAAACCAAA